GGGGGGUGGGGGUUGGCAGACAUUUCUCCACAGCCGUUUCUCAGAGUCUCCGCGCUCCUCCUCCUGCCCAGACGUGUAUCGAGCUCCGCGUUCCUUCUAGAAGCUUCCCUGCUCCAAAGCACCAUGGCUUCAAAUUUCACGAAAGUACAAUACCCUCUUCAGAACAAUUUCAUUGCUGGAGUAGUGACAUCCUUCUUUGUGUCGGUGGUGAUCGGUUUAGCCCUCGGGGGCUUUGUCCUGACACUGCUGAUGGUGGUGUCACGCAGAAAGAAAGCCAGUGCCUCCAUUUCCAUCACCCAGGUCGUGCCCCGUCGAGCCAGACCUUCCUCCCGCAGUCUGAUGCUGAGCCGCACAGAGUGUUACAGGAGCAACAGCAAUGACAGAGACUGUGAUGCUCUCCCUCUGUCUCGGACCCUCUCUCUCCAGUGCCAAGGCUCCCAGGACCAGUCAGACUACUACAACAGGAAGUCCACCUUCCGGGCGUCUACCUUCCACCCCUUCCUGGCUGAUCCCUUGCCCGAGGACCUCGCUGGAGACCAACCAACCUCCCUCCUCCGCACGGACACCUGCUCGACCCUCAACUGCAGCCUGGGCCACCAGGAGCAGCAAUGGUCUGAGGGUCACCAACUCACCUGUCUGUCAUCCCAGACGCCACCUCCCGCCUAUGAGGCUGUGAUAGAACCGGCCAAGAACCAGCUGACGUGAUCCUCUGCUCAGCUCAUCCUUACCUCCUGCUUAGGAACAUAGGAACAGGAGGAGGCCUUUCAGCCUCUCGA